AAAUGCGAUAUGAAAAAGCAUUUCUAUCGCCACUCAAAAAUGUUUGAUUCGCAAUUUUAUCAUUUUCUUCAUAAAUUCGCAAAAAUGGCAUUUUGAUAUAAUGUAUACUUAUUGUGAACAAAGUUACUUUUUGACAAGUAUUCUUUUUAAGGAAAAGACAGGGCAGUGACUUUGUGACUUAUUUCAAAAUAUUCAUAACAUUAAUAAGAAAACUUUAAAAUGAAUAUGAAAUUCGAAAAGAAACGGGAAGGUUUGGAUUUGGUUUUCAUACAUAGGUUGUUAAACACACCUGAAAAGAAUUUAUUUAUUCCAAGCAUUUUUACUCUUACUAUUAUGAUAUUUUUUAGAAAUAUAAAUUAUGUUUAACAUGCAAAUCGAUCCUGAAAAGAUUGUAGAGUUUUCUAUCCAGGGCGGCACGCCUUACUAUCGGGUUCGAUGGCAUGAUGCAUGGGUAGAGGAAGAAUCUCUUUCACACACGUGGCAACAUUUGAUUGAUAACUUUUGGAAGAUUCAAUCAGAACAACACAGCACUACAAAGUAUGCGCAAAACACAAACAAAUUAUUGCCCAACUUUUCCAGUCUUUUGUCUAAUAGUUGCAUCACACAAGAUGAUAACCAACAUUCCAUGAAUAGUAAUCUUACUGAGUUAAGAAGUACUACUGUUCAUCCAACAACUGCAACCACACUCUCUUUCAAUAGCAGUUUCCAUUACCCACAGGAUAGCAGUCAUCACGAGCAAAAUAAUGGACUUAUUCAGUUUAACAAUGACAGUCGCAACUUAACUCAGCACAUAUCUGGGAAUGAGCAGUUCACAAAAACACCCCCUGCGAUACUUGGUAACAACGAUGUUUUUCGUCAUCAGUCGAGUAUUGAAUACACACAACCGUUUCCACUUUCUGUACCAGACUUUACUCUCAUGCCUGAGCGAACUGCACAAAUGAAAGAUUCGUUGAAGGAGAAAGUUACCCAAAAAUCACAUUGUGUGAAGAAAGUAGCCAGCAAAGCACGUGUUGUUCGUAAAAUUAAACCAACUUUACAAGCUGACGUGAGUAGCUGUAGCGAUAAUGUUAUAUGUAGCGACUGCGGGAGAGACUUUUCUCGUACUGUGAAGCCAAAGAAGAGAUUACGUGAACAUGUCCGCCGAAUGCAUUUAAAGAACGGAAAGUUCAAAUGCUUGCAAUGCCCAAAAACGUUUGUAUGUCAGCAAGGCUUAAGAGAUCACGAACCAGUUCAUAGUAAGGAGCGGAAACAUAGCUGCUCCUAUUGCAACGAAACUUUCUUGAGGCUAUCUCAUUUAUAUAUCCAUCUACGAACACACGAAGAAGAGAAGAAUUUUCGUUGCGAAGCUUGUUUUGGCACGUUUAACGUACAAUCUGAACUUAAAGAUCAUUGUGACAGCAAACACAGCAGUGUUUCGGCUAACGUGAAGUGCGGAGUUUGUAAACAAAACCUUUACUCAGCGCAGUCCGUUUACUCACAUAGCUUAAGACACUCCGGUACUCGCAAUUUUAAAUGCGACGUUUGCGGCUCGACAUUUAAACGUAAACAAAUAUUAGACCAACAUAAAAAACGGCACGAAACUAACGUGACGUCACAAUCUUUUCAGUGCGACGUUUGCAAGAAGGAACUCACUACUAAGUCGUCUUUACGGGAGCAUAUGUUCUUAGUACAUAAAAAGUCUUUGGAAGAAACUGAUCACAAGUGUGAAGUGUGUGGGAAAUGUUUUCGUAACUGGGCCAAUUAUCGACGUCACGUUCAGCUGCAUCCAAAGCUGUUGGAUAAUUCCACUAUCGCGCUGGCACAGGAAAAAGAUGUUCUAAACACACUUGGUGCGAACAAUUUAAGUUCGCAUCGCUUCAAAUGCAACAUUUGUUCCCAAGAAUUCGAUACGACGAAGUUGAUGCUAGAACAUUUGAAAGAACAUCAAGCAACUCCUAACACGGAAGUCGCAACUGGCGCAGGGAGUGUUGAAGGCCUGGCUUGUUCUGUUUGUUUAAAAGCUUUCACUAACCGGAAGUAUCUCAGGAGCCAUAUGCAAAUUCAUAAAUCCAUUGAACUGAAGUGUGACGUAUGUGGUAUGUUGUUUAAAAGAAAAGACACGUUACGCAUGCACAAGAAGAGACAUAUAGAGAGAAACGAAACAGCAAGCACUCUUACAAGCAAAUCAGGUGAAAUGUACAACGUCCGUAGAGAGUUAAGGGAUAAAAUCGGUAAAGCUGAUCAAGAUGGGCGUGUCUCUUGUCCAUAUUGUAAAAGGGUAUUCAACACACGCAAGUUGCUGUUGGCGCAUAUUGUACUGCAUGGCGAUGUUUUUCAUUCGUGUGAUAUAUGCGGUAAAAGUUACAAACAGAAAAGCUGCUUAAAUAAACAUCGGAAAACCCAUGUGAACAAAGCGACGAAAGCUAGUCGAGUAACGAAACAGAGGAACGUAGUAAAUCAUAUAACCAAACUUAACCAAUCGCGUUUAACUCGAAAAAAGCGAGACGAAGUUGUCGAGGAAUCUUCAAACUUUGUAGGCGAAGCUAGAUUAACACAAGUUUCUGACGAACAUUUAAAAAAUUCAGACCAACAAGGAGUUGUUAAGGAAGACAACGUGUCAAGUGAAAUCAACCUUACAACUGACAAAAGUGAGUCUCACGAGGAGGAUAACUCCAUGUUUUUUUGUAUAACGUGUGACAAAGUAUUUCCCACGAAAAAACAAUUGAAAAGUCAUCAACUAUCUCAUAGCGAUACUAUACACAAUUGCACAGUAUGUGGAAAAACUUAUCUCCGCCGAAACUUCUUGAGUAAACAUAUGAUAAAAGUUCACGGUAGCCAAAAAUUGGACAGCCAAGUAAGUGCAAGUGUGACGGAGGAUUGUAAUAACGAACUGGUUACAAAUGCAGUAAAAAUUAUCAUAGAAACACAAUGCUCAAAAUCAUAAGAAGAUCGUAAAGUAUGCUUUAAAUUUUUGGCUUCCAGAAAUUUUUGCGAAUUUUGCAAAGUUGUCAUUUAUGCAAGGAAAUUAAGCUUAUGCGAAAAAAAGCUUUAUCUGUAAUCAGUUUUUAAUUUUAUAAUGAAAGCAAUAACAAUUUUCUUGUUUUUAAAGAUUUUUUGAUAAUUUAAUUGUCUUUAUAUUAAAGUUUAAUGAUUUGCAAAAAUAAAUUCUCGUUUAAUCUUUUAAA